GCAGAUUCGGAUCGAGAGCGGGACCUGCAGCCUGGCGCACGGAAACGGGAACCUAGGGGACCAUGGGCGCUUCCAGGCUGUAUACCUUGGUGCUGGUGCUGCAGCCCCAGCGAGUUCUCUUGGGCAUGAAGAAACGAGGCUUCGGGGCUGGCCGGUGGAAUGGCUUCGGGGGCAAAGUACUCGAAGGAGAAACCAUUGAGGAUGGGGCCAAGAGGGAGCUGUGGGAGGAGAGUGGCCUGGCGGUGGACAAGCUGCACAAGGUGGGCCGGGUCGUGUUUGAGUUCGAGGGCGAGCCUGAGCUGAUGGACAUGCACGUCUUCUGCACAGACAGGGUGGAGGGAACCCCCGUGGAGAGCGACGAAAUGCGCCCUCAGUGGUUCCCACUGGACCAGAUCCCCUUCAGGGACAUGUGGCCUGACGACAGCUACUGGUUUCCACUCCUGCUUCAGAAGAAGAAAUUCCAUGGGUACUUCAAGUUCCAGGGUCAGGACACCAUCCUGGACUACACCCUGCGCGAGGUGGACGCCGUCUAACGGGAGGUCAGGGCCGGCCCCGCCUGUUACACAGCCGCACCUGCCAACGCAGCUGGGCCGAUUCCCUCUGGGUUUGGAAUGUGACUUGACGGAAAGGAAAAUAAAGGUCU